UGUCCGCGGAGGAAAACAAAAAAGUGUUUCCUACAACCGAGUUCAUGAGACGGUCUUCCCUACUAGUCAAUUCUGGGCGCAAUUACUGAACGUUCAUGAUUCCAUGUCGGUGAUACUCGGGUCCCUCCCGCCUGCUAUCCCAGCACGGCUAGCAAUUAAACCAAAUCCUUUUCCACUGAUGUCCAGCCAUCGUCAACUUCGGAAGUUGACCCCGUAUCUACGGAAGCGCAGUGUUCCACAAAGUUGCUUUGCAACGCAGACAAAAGCAGCCGCAGAUGAUCGUCUUCUUGCUCACACUUGGUUAACGAGGACUCCCGAAGAGAUUACUCCAGAUGACGUCCUUUCGAGCCUUCCUUCUACACCACUGUCACUCGCAGGGCCGGACCAUAUUCCAAUUCUCCUCUUAACCCCUAGUCUUGCCCAAUGGGCCGACACGACCAAUCCCUUCCUCGAACAAUGCAUCAACCGACUCUAUCGCAAGGCUCCGACAUCCGGUUCCCCCGAACCUGUACACGCCAUUGUCGCAAUUGUUGAUAAAUUGCCCGAUACUCCAUCGGGUCUCCAGGAUAACACCGACAAUGGCGCUGUGGCAGAGUCGGAGGGGAUCUCCCUCCUAUUUGCGAGGACGGCAAACUUACAAGGGAGGGCUGCUGCACCUCGACGCAUUAGGAGCUCGGAAACUGAGGAAUCAGCCCUCGUAUUUUCCUUCCAGACGGAAGUGUCGUAUGGCUCGGAUAAUACGACUCUCCGACGAGCUGUCCAUGAGGUCGGGCUGCGCCUCGCCAAUACACUGUUUAUAAAUGGCAGCGAAAAUACUCUAUAUGGGACUCGUUGGUCCUAUAACCUUCCUUCAUCCAGUUUUUCCUUCGAUCGAUCGAUCGAGCUUUCACGCUGUCGAAUAUCCUCUACUGCAAGUUCUGUACACAACACAUUGAAACUUCCUUUACAUCCCGUUGGCCAGCGAAGGGAGGUUAUCUCCAGCAUGGGAAACAUCCUGCGUCAACUAGCAAAAUAUCCAAACGGCACAUCGAAGGAUCCGAUGCCCGCUUCGUCUGAACUAGAGAAAGAGCUGCCACGCUACAUUGAAGAACAUAAUAUUGCUGACCGCAGGGUUUCCGUUUGGGCUCUGGUCGAGUCUCCUUCGAGCAACUCACAAGUCGAAUCCGAUGGCUUUCGGACCGAACUUGUGAGAUCAGUUCAAGCCGGAGGUAAACUCCACCGGGUCAUGAGCGGUGGUGGCGGAUGGGGCAAGAAACAGGGCCUUCUGUCACUUGAUUACGAGACCAAAUUUCUAGGACCCUACGAGAGCAAUGAGUUUACAACUUUGGAUAACAUAUUCUCCCCCUUUGGCACAAGCACGGCGCAAACUGCGCCACCUUGGUUUGAGGAGAAACCUGUUGUCGAUGACCUGACAACCCUGUCACAAGUGGCUAGGCCCGGGGACUACAUUCAAUUUUAUGUUUCUGUCGAGCCAGACCAUGUCCAGAACGGUCAGCCGGAGCUACUCGGUUCCCGAGAGGGUGCGAUCUCGUACCAGUUCGGGGUCGUGUUCGAUAAUGAGACGUCCAUAGCCCAAGCAGAAAAAGGUGCACCCCAAAAGGACUUAAGAGUCAAGCCUAAUUACUUUGGAGCUCUAUCGGAGAAAGCAAUAACUUUCUCGCAACCUAUCGUUCCAAUCAGGCCAGAGCAAGAGGUUCUGGAGUCUGGCACUAAGCUUGAUAUCCCGGGAUGUCGAGUCAAAUUGGUCGCCUCAUAGAGUGAAAGGGGCCCAAAUGCCACCUAUGUAUAGCUACUGAUAUGAUACAAAAGUGAGAAAUACAAUUGUAACCGUAGACUCUAUCUACAGCAGCUGGGUAGAUUUCCAUCAAUGCAGCUACUAGUAUACCUCCGAUGAGCGGUGCCAAGCCCCAGAUCACGUGGCAGCACAUGCGGUCCGUCAGCCUCCCCGAAGAGCAACGACUCCAGCAACACGGUGUUCGCCUCAACUCCCAUCAACAACCGAAGCCUUCACAUCACCGCAACUGUUGUCUACGCGGCGCUCCCCUGUGUGGACUGCUUCUUAUAACCUUCUUUGUACUUUUCUUAACCAAUCCUUCUCCUUGAGAACCGUCUAGUCUUUGAAAAUGGCCACAGAACUUUGGUACGUAAUCUCCUAGCUUGACUCCUAUCUCGGUCAUUCGGUCGCUCUGCCGUAUGGUCCUCCGAUAAUACAGCGUGCAAAGUAGUCAUUUGUCCUUGGUGCUAACGUUAUAGCCGUAUAGUCCCGUCUAUGCGGUGAGUAUCUCCACAGUCUGUCGAUGCCGGCCAUACUAGAGCUCCAGCUAGCUACGGAACCGCUUAGCCAGCUUCCCUAGUGCUUGACCUACUGUGUUGCCCACUGAAGAAAGCAUGACUGA